AGUAUAGGUAAUAUUUAAUUGUCUCGUAGAAUAUCCUUAAUUGCAGAGCAUUGAAAAUCUACGUGAAGAAUAGAUAUAACAUGGAUUAUGAUUUAUCACGAAUAGAUUACACGAUAUGUGGCAUCACAUAUCCGGACACACUGAAAAUAUUACCUCCUUCUGGACAAAAACUUGAACAAAAGUUUGCAGUUGGUGAUAAAAAUGGAGUCUUGCAAUGUUUGACCAUAAAAGAUGAAGAGCCUGUGGUUCAAUUCAAAACAUUACCGGGCAAACCAAUAACGUCUGUCCAACUAGCAAGUAGUUUGGGAACUCAAGCAGAUAAGAUAUUCACAGCUUCAGGUAAUGAAGUCAAAGGAUAUACAAGAAAAGGAAAGGUGUUCCUCAGCAUCGAAACUUCUCUCACGGAAACGAUCACUUCAAUGUGCAUUAUUGGAAGUGAUUUGAUAUUAUGCAGCGGUCGAACGGUUACUUACUAUAGAGAUCUUCGGGAGUAUCAUUCGUAUAUUUGUGACGACAGAGUUCUCGACAUAGCAGCAUUUGCGGUACCUAAUAACACAAGAAUUCGACUGUUGGUUUUAAUCGCUAACAAAGGAGCAAUUCUCCUAGAAAAUGGAAAACUUAUAUCUCGAACGGUAAUUUCAUCGGGUCCAUCCCGAUUAGCUGUUCCGCCUUCAACACAUGCAACAGAUAUAGUCGCUUUCUACGGAGCUGGAGAUGGGUCUAUAGGCCUCAUUUCUUAUGAAGAAUUUACACUAUCAAGUAAAUGCUUAGUGGAAGGAAGAGGAUUGGGCUCGGUAGUAUGUCUCGGCUGGUACUUCAAUAAUGGUAACUUCCAUUUAAGUGUUGGUCGUCACGAUGGCUCCAUCCAGUUGUAUCUCGUCGACAUGGAGAAUUUUGGUGAAAAACCACGUCUGAAGUACACUUAUUUCUGCGGAGAACCUGUGACUUCGGUUACUGGCGGGUGCGUGGGUAUCGAUGAACCUGAAUUACUCGUGGCAACUUUUUCGGGAAGAGUUUUUGCUCUAAGGUCCAGCCACUUAGUGACUGGGGCUAAGAUUCCACAAGACAACUUAGCAGCAAGACGAGGAAAACUUGAGGUAGAAGUUGCACGUUUAGAGAAACAAACUGCAAAUGAGAGGGAAAAAUAUCAAAGAAACACUCGGUCUCUGCACGCUGGGUUGUCCACACCACCGCUGCUGGAUAUUCAAUAUGAGUUGUUAGGAGCAACAAGCGACGGGUGGCAAGAGGUGAGAAUUACAUCUGCAGUUCCGUUGGAUAUGCUUUUUAUUUAUUGUAACACGAAGCUGGAAAUGCAAACGGACACAGCAGCCGUUUUGAGUAUCUGUUCGUCAAAGGAUAACGGGUCCGAUUUACUUGCUUCUGUAAGAUGUCAAGCUGGAACGCGAAGAGUUUGGGUAAAAAUGAGAGAUAUGCUUGAUUGUUCUACGGAAUCAAGAUUUCAGGGAAAACGUGUCCUUAUUUACGCGCUACCCGCAGGCGCACCGAGAGUAGCUCGGCUAGUUACCCUUAAAUUACCAGCUCUACCUUAUUAUUCUGGCCAUGAAGCAUCGGAAAAGGAUCACGAAAAGGAAAGAAUUUGGUGUCAACUAGAAGUCUCAGGAAGCUUUUCUGUAGCUGAAAUUACUUCUUGGCUUACGGAAGCUUUGCCUGGUGAACUUCCUAGGCCGGCGGCGAAUGUAACAUUUACCAGAUCACACACUCUUCUAGAAACUGUCUUAAUUUGUCAAUAUCAACGAGGGCUGGCAAUUUUCAAAUCUGACAACGUAUCUACUAUAGCAACAAUUCGAAAUAUAAUGUCGAACUGUUCAGUGGAGAAGAGCAUUCGCGUGGAAAUAUCUUGCGACAUUCCAGAUUAUUGUUGUAUAAGGGCAUUUAAAAAUUUGGAAAAUAAAUUCAAGCAAGAGUAUCAAAAGAACAAAGAUCUUAUUUUGAAAAAUGCUAUCAGUAUGUUGGACUUGGACAGUUCAAUGAAUGAGGAAGGCCCUAUAAUGUGUCAAGAAUAUGCUCGAGUAUGGGAUUCCAGGGAGAGUAUCAAUGAAAACCAAUUCAAUGAGCUCGUAGAGGCGGUUUUGCAGUGGUACUCGGAUUUACGGGCAUUAAGUCUACAUGAGAACAACAGUAAUGAAACUUCUAAAUUACGAGCUGCUCUAACUGAAUACCGACUGGAUGAUGUAUACAAAAUACUUUCUAGCAAUUCUUCAUCUUUACAAGAGUUCUAAAUGUUGCAUCGUGCCUUAAAAUGGUCUUGUAAAUUAUUAAAGAAGUAUAUUUGUUUUGACAUAAAUAUA